CGUCUGGAAAGUGUUAUGGCUGUUGCCCAGAGCAGCAGCUUCAAUGAAACGUCAAAGAAGCCGUGUAAUUGCUACAAAGUUGCAAGCUUGAGUGAAACGAUAUUGGAAACUGACCAAACUGUAAAUUUGAGAGAUCGAUACAUUUUUGGAGAGCAACUGGGCUGGGGUCAAUUCGGUGUUAUUAGCUUGUGCUCGGAUAAGUUGACGAAAGAGGUGUUGGCAUGCAAGUCCAUAUCUAAAGAUAGAUUGGUAACCUCUGAUGAUGCACGGAGUGUCAAGCUUGAAAUCGAAAUAAUGACUAGGUUAUCAGGGCAUCCUAAUGUUGUAGAUCUCAAGGCUGUUUAUGAGGAUGAAGACUAUGUUCAUUUGGUUAUGGAGCUUUGUGCAGGCGGGGAGCUUUUUCACCGGCUUGAGAGGUAUGGCCGUUUUCCCGAGGCAGAUGCUAGAGUUCUCUUUAGGCAUCUAAUGCAAGUGGUCCUAUAUUGUCUUGAAAUUGGGAUUGUGCAUAGAGAUCUGAAGCCAGAGAAUAUCCUCUUAGCUACAAAAGCCUCAUCAUCACCAAUCAAACUAGCAGAUUUUGGUCUUGCAACAUAUAUCGAGCCUGGGCAGUGUUUGCAUGGGACGGUUGGGAGUCCAUUUUACAUUGCACCUGAGGUUUUGGUUGGGGGAUAUAACCAGACUGCUGAUAUUUGGAGUGCUGGGGUGAUUUUGUACAUUCUUCUUAGUGGGACACCGCCAUUUUGGGGUAAAACAAAAUCACGGAUAUUUGAUGCUGUGAGGGCAGCUGAUUUGCAGUUCCCAUCAGAUCCUUGGGAUGGGAUUUAUGGUUCUGCAAAGAAUUUAGUCAGGGGAAUGCUCAAUACAGAUCCUUCACAAAGGCUCACUGCACUGCAGGUUUUAGACCAUUCAUGGAUGAAGAGUGUUGAAUCUUAUCAAGAAGAAUCAAGUGAGGUUAUAUACCAAAGUUGUGGAGAGUUGGAGUUUCAUAGUGGCUCAUUUUCCAUGUCUAGGGAUCAGGAUAUCAGCUUUGGUGUUGGGUCGCCAAUCAUUUAUGAUGUUCAGUCACCCACGCUAACCUGCAGAACGUUAUUUUCUUCUUCCUUUGUGGAGCCAUCUACACCUUGCUUCGCAUCGGGUGGAUUUUCUUUCCGCAGCAGCAAUUCUGAUACCUUAGAAUUCCAUUCUGCCAUUCCGUCUAUGCCGAGCUUUGCAUUCUUCAGCCCUAGUUCCAGGGUUGAACAAGAGAGAUGCAAAUCUGAUUUGUCGGCCAACAUUAUUCAGAUGGAGAGAUUAGAUGGAGGAUUGGAUAAGCUGCUUAUGUUACCAGAUUCUUCGCUUUGCUGUGGGCCCGAGGCAAGUGAAAAGGAGAUCAAGGCAGCUGAAUUCGGAAGGACAGGAGGAACGAGCGGGUCUAGGUUGUCGGCCUUCCACAGCAAGAGGAACCGCACCAUCGGUCAUGGCGAGAAAGAACAACUCGAUUUCAUGGUGUCUGAAUCUGUCAUCCGAUGGGCAUCGUGCACGAAUCUCCCAACGGCCACAUCCCUCAAGUCAUCUCUCGUCUGUUGAGCUGUCGGUGCGAGUUGAAAUAGUUCCAAUGGAGGGUCAAACAUUCUCCAUCGACAUUUGCAUAAAACUGCAUUUUCUACGUGGACGUGUUUUAUUACUGAUUCUUAUUCUUAGGUGGCGUU